UGUAAAUAUAGAGGGCUUUUUUUACUGGUUUUUUCAAUGUCCUUCAACCAAUCCUGCAGAUGACUUAAUAUGAUAAAAAGUCCGCUUGGUUGGAGAGCCUGUUGCGCGUGGACUAGCUGUGUUGCGCUUGUGUUGCUAUUGCUCUGUGGUGCUCAAAUGGUGGACUCUAAGCGGAGAGAGAAUAGGUGUAUGAAACACUACUUCGUCCAUACAAUCGAACACCCGACAAAGAACUGUGAGAAGAAGCACAUUCUCCUGGCUCGGUGUAAGGGAUUCUGCUCCAAGUCCAAGACAGAGCCGCGGGUCACUUUCAGCCCCGUACUGUACCGACCCUUCAACUACCACUGUAAGUGUUGCCGGGACUCACUGUCCAUCAUGAAGGCCGUCAGUUUGAACUGUGAGGGGGACAAGCCGGUGUUCGCCACCUACCGGUAUAUUCUCAAAUGCAAAUGCAGGAACUGUAAUUUUCGAAGGUGGUAAUUUUGUUUUUAACAUUUGAAUUAUUAUGAAAUGUGUUGUGACUUUCCCUCCUUGUGCGCUUAGAAUGUAUAUUAUAUAAUGUGCUGGGGAAAAAAUGGGUAGACUAUAUAUCGAGUGCGCAUAUACAACGUUCUAUGACGUCAGAAAAUGACAUUCCAGUGCAUUGUGAUGUCAUAAUAAGACAAGUGCGAGAAUGGAUCUAUAAUUAUGUUCUUUUGGAAUUUGGAACAUUUAUAAUUGUGAGCGAGAACGUAAGAAAAAUUAUUGUGCAAUCUCAUUCAAGGAAACGCUAGUUACUGAAUGACGAAAAGACUUAGUUCUACUAUUCACAAUGACAGCUGUUCAGCUGUUCAUGUAGCAUUCAUCUAUGAACAAAAAAUAAUAUAGUACUUCUUUAUGCAUAUUUAUACACCAGAUACAUCACUGUGUGGUGCUUUUUUUUACUUUGUCAAUAUUUAACUGGUUAUUGAUUAAAACAAAACAAUUUUACUCUUGAUGCAUUUCUUUCUUAUAUUAAUUAAAUGAUUCAUCGAAUUCAAGUUCACAUUUGAAUUGAAAAAGUAGCUACAUUCGUUAAAAUAAUCAUUUAGAUCAACAUAUUUAAAGAAUGCAUACUGUGUGAUUCCAUGUACCGCUAACUAAAAUUAUCGAAUGCGAUGUAUAGUAUGAUCUUAUGUAAACUGGUGAAAAAAAAUCGGUUUAUAAAAGU